AUGGAGUUUGAAAAUCCAAACCCUGCACCCACGUGCCCUGCCACCCCUGCCCGCGGGAUCCAAGGCCCCCAGCGGGCUGCCCAGGCGAUGACUCCUCAGGAGCACUUCCAGGAUCGCAGGGACAGAGGGUCCGCCCCCGAGGGAACCCCCCAAAAGCCCCUUUGGGGUUUGCUGAAAUGGCCAAAGCUGACAGUGUUUCUGCAUCCCAGGCACGGGAUCACGGAGGGGUCGAGGGCCCAGAUAUCCGGAGACCAACACGUUGGGAAGCCCCAUCCGGGGUCCAGCCCCCACGGCCUCCUCCUGCAGGAGGCCACCCCCUACAGCCCCUGGGCUACACCCCUCCCCCGCCUGCGUCCCUGCUGCACCCUCCUCCGCAGGCCACUCUGGCCUUGGGAGCCGGACGGGGCAGAGAAGGGGGUGCAGGGCCGUGCUGAUUGCUGCCUGGUUUCGGCCACUCGCCGUGCGGGGAUUUCCCGCGGGACACUGGGUGGCUUUGGGCCUCUGACAGGAGGAGGUUUCUGGGACGCGCUGGGACCCCGGCAGCUGAGAGCUGGUGUAGCCAGGACAGCGACGGGUCUCCUCCAGGACGAGGCGGCAGCCGCCGGGCCCCUGGACGCGAGGCACAGGUGCAGGCUGACCUACGGCAGCAGGGUCUCCCGGCUGUGGCCGGGCUCCGGCAGCUCCGCGUGGAAGCCCUGCGCGGACGCCAGAUGGGAGCCGCCGGGAGGAGCGUGUCAGGGACGAGCCAGGGUUCGGGCCCGAGCAGGCCCCGAGACAGGUUUGCUCCAGGAAGCAGGGAGUCAGGUUGGGCCCCCGGGGCCGCGGCCCCCACACCCCAUCCAGCCUUCCUGUCUGUCCUCUCCGCAUUGGACCCUGUGUGCCCUUUGAUCCUGCUCUGCCCGCCAGGGGUCCCUGGGUUCAGCCCUCGUCCCGUGUUCCCUAACUGUUGGGGUUGGGGGUGCUGGGUGGGGCCCCUGGGCUUGAGCUGGUUGGUGAAGCCUGUGUGGCCACGACAGGUCUGAGGGAAGCCCAUCCGGGGAAGGUCCUGAGGGGCCAGCGGCUUUGACCUGGAACGUGGUGGGAGUGCAGUUUGGAAACCUGGGCCCCCAGCAGACACUGGGGGCUCCCGGCACGUACCCGGCAGGAGGAUGAGCUGCAGCCAGGCCCGGGGACGCGGGCUGGUUCUGACGCAGAGUGGGGGGCACCAGGGAAGGCGAUGGGAUGGUGGGUGUGGUCUCCCAAGCAGCUCCUCUGACGCAGCAGGUGCAGGUAGCUGGAACUGUGACCCCUCCCCAAAUGUCUGGGUCACAGUGGCCUGGGGAGCACUAAUUCCAAUGGGAAAACCGAGCCCACACUGUGUGACUUCACCCUUCAGCCUAGUGCCACCUGGACACUGACGCUGAGGGAGGCGAUAGAGGCGACUCAGGCCAGCCCCUUCCCCAGACCCUCGGGAAGGACACAAGCCAACUGUCCCCGAACUUCACGGCUUAAGGACUAGAGAUGCACGCUGACCUACUGAGGCCCUCGGGCU